GCAGAUGACAACAACAAAACAGCCAGAGCUACUGAGAGGCUGCUAGCGUAGUUAGCUACCUGAGAUAAACAACUGGUGGUUCAGUCCGUGUGUUACACCAUCGCGGUUGGAGUUUGCCAAAUUGGACGUUUGCUUUACUGGAGUAUGCGUAUUCUGUGCAAUUAAUCAUGACUGUCAGUAAUUCUUGUCUAAUCUAGUCUCGUCUGGCUAACGUUAGCUAAGGCGCUUGCUAAGCUAGCUCUAUGUAUGCCAAGCUAAAACAGGUUAGCUAGCUAGCUUGGGUGCUAGCUUGUUAGCUAGCCAAGUCGCCUAGGCGAGGACCUAGACCAAGAACAGGGAGAUGCGAGCAAAGUGAGGGGGUUGGCGAGUGACUAAAUGAACAAGACCGGCAAGUGCGAAGAACUCUGGGAGAUUCAACAUGAAGUUGUAUGUGUUCCAGGUCAACAAUGGCAGCACGCUGACAUUUGACACCGACCUUGCUGUCCAAACUGUGCUGGAGCUCAAACAUGCCAUCCAAGCCAAAUACAAGAUUGCAAUUCAACAUCAAGUCCUUGUUGUCAAUGGAGGGGAAUGUAUGGCUGCAGAGAGACGAGUCUGCAGCUACAGUGCUGGCACUGAAACCAACCCGAUAUUCCUGUUCAACAAAGAGAUGAUCUUGUGUGACCGGGAUCCAACGAUCCCCAAAACCACCUUCUCGAUUGAGAGUGAGAUUCAGGUUAAGGUGGAGGAGUCUCUACUGAUGCCAGCCGUCUUUCACACUGUUGCCUCGCGAACACAACUUGCUCUGGAAAUGUUUGAAGUUGCCAACAAACUUUGCUCCUUCUGUGAACGUUUGGUUCACGAUGAACACCUUCAGCACCAAGGCUGGGCUGCUAUUAUGGCGAAUCUGGACGACUGCACUCUGUCUUAUCAGAAGUUGCUCAUGAAAUUCAACACCGCAUACACGAAUUAUCAACGCGAUUUGGAGGAAAUUAAAGUUAAACUUUCAAAGUUGGGCACAGCGGUUUCUGUCAUGGCCAGGAUACCUCUGCUGGAAUGUUUGACACGACACAGCUACAGAGAGAGCAUGGAGAAGUCCAGUUCAACCCCAGAAAAGGACUCGGACGGGACAGAGGGAGAGAAAUCCACCGACUCUGUGCUCUGCACUGGUGAAGCACAGAUGGCCUCCAAGUUAUCAGCAUCCUUCUCUGCUUCGGGCGCAGCCACAUGUGAGCCAGCUGGAGACCAGGAAACGAAUGAAAUGACUGACAGCGGUGGGCUGAGAGCGGCGCUACUAGACGAUGACACUCCCGAGCUCACCAACCCGUCUUCAUUCAAUGUGACACUAUUAGACUGGAUCAACGUACAAGACAGACCCAAUGAUGUGGAAUCCGUUGUGAGGAAAUGCUUUGACUCCAUCAAUAGGCUUGACCCACGGAUCAUUCAGCCCUUCCUGGCAGAUUGUCGCGACACAAUUGCCAAGCUAGAUAAUCAAAACAUGAAAGCCAUCAAAGGGCUCGAGGACCGGUUGUAUGCUCUUGACCAAAUGAUUGCAAGCUGCAAGAAGUUGGUGAACGAACAGAAGGAACUCGCUCAGGGAUUUCUGGCUAAUCAGAAGCGGGCUGAAAACCUGAAGGACACGUCUGUUCUGCCUGACUUGUGUCUGAGUCACACCAACCAGCUGAUGAUCAUGCUGAACAACCACAGGAAGCUGCUAGACAUUAAAAAGAAGUGCACCACUGCCAAACAAGAACUUGCAAACAACCUUCAAGUCAGACUCAAAUGGUGCUGCUACGUGAUGCUUCAUGCAGACCAGGACGGGGAGAAGCUUCAGGCUCUGCUCAGACUUCUGACAGAGCUAAUAGAGAGAGUGAGGGUGGUGGAGGCCCUCAGCACUGUGCCCCAGAUGUACUGCUUGGCAGUCGUGGAAGUCGUCAGAAGAAAAAUGUUCAUGCGCCACUACAGAGAGUGGGCCUAUGCACUCGUGAAGGACGGGAAGCGGCUGUACGAGGCAGAGAAGUUCAAAAGGGAAUCCUUUGGGAAACUCUUUAGUAAGUGUUCUUCGAAAGACCCAGGAAAGUCUUUCCUCCGAAACCGGUUGUUCAGAGGACUCGAUUCGUGGCCUCCAACAUCGUUUUGUACACGAAAGCCCAGAAGGUUUGACGAUGAACUCCCAGACAUUUCACUCGAGGAUCUCCAGUACUUGAAAUCUUGUUGUCCUGUCGAGGUGCAGCCUUUCCUUAUGGUCCCCACCAUGUGUGACUUUGAGCCCUUGAAUCGUCAUGUCGGGGCGCUUCACCAGCUGGUCCAAGCCGCGCAGAGUGUGGACGAGAUGUCUCAAACUAUAACUGACCUGCUCAGUGAACAAAGGGCAUCUUGUAGUCAGUAUGCCCAGAGAUCAGCUGCGUUUACUCCGCCGUCUGACAGCAUACCUGGGACCACGACGCCGUCGUCCUCCAAAACGCCUCCCUCUCUUAGCCUUCAGGGACCCAGCUGCCAGCCUCUACAUGUUCCCGUCCCUGCUCCUCUCGAGGACUUAUCCCCAGACAGUAUUGAUGCACAAACGUUUGACUUUGAAACUAUCGGCCACCCGAAUAUGGAUCCAGUCCUGCAGCAAGGAUCCCUUGAUCUAGAUUCUCUAGCAGAGAGCCCCGAGUCUGACUUCAUGUCUGCUGUCAAUGAGUUUGUGAUUGAAGAGAACUUGACCUCUCCGAACCUUAUCAGUGACCCCACAAGCCCUGAAAUGAUGGUGGAGUCACUGUACUCCUCCGUCAUCAAUGCCAUUGACAGCAAGCGAAUGCAGGAUACCACCAUACUCGAGAGGGAGAACUCAAGGAUCACUGUCCUCAAACAAGUCAUUGAGAAGUAUCGAUGUGCUGCAGAGGAGUCCCAUUCCAACUUAAGAAGUGUAAAAGACGACCUGUGUCACUUACGAGGUCUAGUAUUAAAAGAACAACACGACUUUGGCUUUGUUCUGCAGAGUAUGAGCACAGAGGUGCACAACGUUGUGGACAGCAUCUGCCAGACCCAUGAACUGGAAUUAAAGGAGCAGCACCAAAGUGAGCUUCUGACCCUUCGGCAGGAGCUCGAGAAGCAGGUUCAGACACUAACAGAGGAAAACCAAGUAAACCAGAACAUUGUCAGAGAUGUUCAGCGUGCAAUGUUGGAGCUGGAGGGGCUGAUGGAGCGCAAAGAGAAGGAACUCACUCAGUAUGAAAGUGAGAAGGAACGAUGGGUUGAAGUGGAGAGUAAUCAGACUGACAGGAUCAAAAACCUGGAGCAGAUUAUCAGCGACCAAACCGAAGAGAUCAAGAUGCUGUCAGCUUCAAGGGACUCUUUGACCGGCCAGCUUGAGAAUCUGCACUUUGAGAUUGAACGUAGUCAGCAGAAGAUCCGUCAGGAGCUGGAAGCUGUUGGACAGAGCCAUCUGAAGGAGUUGGAGGACAGACUGAAGCAGGAACACAAGGCAGAGCUGGAGUCCCUGACCAAGGAUAACCAGGAAGCUCUGAAACAUCUUGCUGCUGAAAAUAGUGCAAAGAUCAGCGAGGCAGCUGAUCACCAUGCCACUGCUAUUAGAGAGAAGGACGACCAAGUGAAGGACCUGGAGGCUCGGAUUACUCAGCUUGCAGAACUGCGAUGCAAACUAGAGGUGGAGCUAGCCCUCAAAGAGUCAGAGACCGAAGAGGUGAAGCUGUUACUGGAAGAAGCCAAGAUGCAGCAGACUGAGGCUGUGAAGUCCCAGGUGGAGGCAGAGACCAAAGUUCUGAGUGAAGAGCUCGCAGACAUCAAAAGAACGCUUCAUGCAAAAAACGAGGAGUAUGAAGUGGAUCUGGCAGAGCUGAGGACUCUCAUGAGGAUUGAGAAGGACCACUGCAUUUCAGAGCUGGUGGACAGGCACGACGAGGAGACCAUUUUGUUGCGCAACAAGCUCUCCUCUCUGCAACAGCAAGCCCAGGAAGCGGAGAAGAACCACGCCGAGCAGCAGCAGAAAGUUACCGAAGAAUUAGAUCAGAAAGUGGCUGCACUAAGUGAAGAAAAAGAAACACAGUUGAGGAGUUUCCAAGAGCUGGAGCAGGAGCUGAGGACUGUUAUCAGCAGUUUGCAGGCAGAAAAUGACCUGCUCUCCAAAAAACUGGAGCAGGACAGACAUGCAGCUGAAAAAGAGGAGGCCGCUAAGGCUGGAACACCAGAUGCCUUUAAAGAGUUGGAGCAGCAGAAGGAGGAGAUGGAGAAAAGACUCUCAGACAGAAUUAGACAACUUGAGAACGAGCUUCAUGAGAGACAAUCUGCAAAAAGUGACGAAGGGCUGUCGCUGCACGCUGAGGGCCGUGCAGAUGCCGGAGCACCUCUGUCUCUGGACUCGGCGCUACAAGAGCGCCUGCAGCAGGAGAGGGCCUCCCUGCAGACACAGAUGGAGCUCCUGGAGAAGAAGAAGGACGAGGAGAUACAGAACCUCAAGACAUCUCUAAUCGCAGAACAGCAGACAAAUUUCAACACUGUUCUGACCCGAGAAAAGCUGAAGAAGGAGCAGAUCAUCAACGAGCUCACGGACAAGUUGCGGAAAGUUACUCAGCAGCAAGAGAAAGACAAAGCUCUGAUAGAAACGCUGUCUGAGGACCGGGCGAGUGUGAUGCAGGAAAAGAAACACUUGGAAGAAGAACUUAACCGCCUGCGCAGCACGGCGCUGGUCUCCUCCGCCUUCUUCGCCACAAACCCCUCGGCUCACGAGGUCACAGAGGCCGGAGCCACAGCCAGAGCUCUGCCUCUUUCUGGGGCUUGUUCUUCUGAGCCCCUGGCUGACGCUGACAGACUGGCCUCCGUGGCAGCCAUUCGAGACGACGAACAUGUUGAUUCAGCAGUGGAAGCCAGCAUGGUGACAGUCCAUGAUCAUUUGAUGUCAGAGGAGAAACAGCGGAUAAUCUUACUCGAGCGGACUUUACACAUGAAGGAAGAAGAAAACAAGCGCCUCAGUCAAAGACUGAUGUCUCAGAGCAUGUCGUCUGUGUCGUCACGGCAUUCAGACAAAAUCGCCAUCAGAGAUUUCCAGGUAGGCGAUUUGGUUCUAAUCAUCCUGGAUGAAAGGCAUGACAACUACGUGCUGUUCACAGUCGGUCCCACCCUCUACUUCCUCCACUCAGAGUCUCUCACUGCACUGGACCUCAAACCAGCAUCAGGGACCUCAAGACGGCCGUGGGUACUUGGAAAGGUGAUGGAGAAGGAAUACUGUCAGGCAAAAAAGGCCCAGAACAGGUUCAAGGUUCCUUUAGGAACCAAGUUCUACAGAGUGAAAGCUGUUCCGUGGAACAGAAAAGUAUAAUAGCCAAGUAAUGAGCUAAAAUGUAUAUUUAUAUUGUUUAAUUUUUGAACAGAAACUUCACAUCAUAAUUCAUAACUUGAAAAUCGAAAGACCUUAAAAAUGGAAAGAAUUAAAAUCAUCAUCAUGCUAUUUUAUGUUUCAGUUCAAACUCCCACCUGCUAUCACACUUUUGUUUUCUUUUCAACCCAGAUUUGUUAUUGUGGACCAAACGCUAUUAACCCUGGUGGGGCGCCGCCCUCCACACUGUGGCAUUACGCCAUCUGACCUGUGUGUGAAAUUGAACAAAAUUUGGAUGUUAAAUAUUAGUUCUCAUUAUCAGCAUUUGUCCUUUUGUGGAAAAUACUGUGUCAUUAUCAACAUAAUUAAAUAAAAAUAUACAUUUAUUAUAAAUGUUUAUGGAGGAAUGUUCAUGGCAUGCAUAUUGAUAUGUUUUCUUUGAUUUACUUAUCCAGAUAAAUGUUGUAGUUGGAAACGUAGUUAAUGCUGUUUGUUACUCACAGAGCAGUAUGGCCCUCCGUCAAUACUGAAAAAUGUACAUUAUGACUGACUGACGGAAACAGUCGUCUUUGCAAUCCUUGAAAUGCACUUUCAAAAACGAUGCUUUUGUUGAUUUGAAAAGGGAAGUUAAUUGAGCUGUCAGAACUAAGUAAAUAUAUCAGCACAAACUUCUCACUAUCAUAGAAUAUUGAUAUGUAGAAAGGAACUCUUUGUGACUGUGUUUCAUUAUCGGACGACAUUGUAUAUUACCCAUCGAAUCACAUGUAACAAUAAAUGACUGUAUUGUAAAAGAUAGAGUUUUGAAACAAUAAAGGAUUGAUCUCAAACGCA